AUGGUCCUACGUCACGGUCGCCUCCACCAAUCACUGCGCACCCUGUGGAGUGAGCGGAGAUGUCCUGCCUCGGUCCUCCGGCGGUCGAGCUGCUGUUUCCCGCAACAAAGAAGCAGAACCACCGCUGUCACAUUUGUCACCACGCCGGGAAUAUAUCUUGCUGUCAUCUGCGGCCUGACAAAGCGUCCAUCCCUGUGUCUGUCUCUGAACCCGGCGUUACAAAAAGUGUGCUUCGCGGACGAGUUUCUGCGGGUUGGCAGCAGCUGGCAUCUGACGUCAUGA